AUGGCUCAUAACAUACCUCUGAUAGUUCUAACUGUCAUUAAUCCGAUUGUGUAUGCGGUAGCUACUAUAUUCAACUCCUUGUCAGGAGAGACCGGGCAAAAACUAGGGAUAUUUAAGAGCAGCACCGGAUCUAUUUCGGAUAAGUAUGAGGUAAACAUUACUCCGGCCGGAUGGAUGUUCAGUAUCUGGGGUGUAAUCUACAUAUGGGAAGCGGUGUGGAUUGUUUAUACUAUUGUCAAUCUGUUCCGGAAAACGGAGAAUGGUCCCCUCUACUGCAAUCCAAUCCUCUUACCAUGGACUUUUUUCGUCACCUUCAUCAUCAACAUGAGCCUCAACCUGUCCUGGAUUCUUCUAUUCGAUAGAGAAGAAAUCAUCAUAGCGUUCCCAGUCCUGUUUUUCAUAGCCUUCACUUUGUAUGUGUGUUUGUUCAUUUCUUAUCGACACCUUGAUAAAAACAUCGAGUUUUUAAGAAAAGAUGGCAGAAACCUCGAUAUCUGGUGCAUCCGAAUCAUGGUUCAGAAUGGACUCAGUGUCUACGCGGCGUGGACAACCAUUGCCACUCUUCUGAACAUGGCGAUGGUAAUGAUCUAUAAAGGAAACCCCGGAGUGGACAAUGAUGACGCAUGCACAGUUGCUCUUUCGAUCUUGGUGGUUGAAGUUUUGGCCUACACUGUUGUAGACAUUGCCUUCCUAGAUCGGUACACCCGCUACACAGUUACACCGUGGUGUGUUGUCCCUCUUGCACUAGGAGCUAGUUUAGCUAAAAACUACAAAGCAGGUUCUAGAAACUCCAUCAUGACAAUUGUCAUGAUCGUCAUUGCUCUGUUGUGUCUCGGUGCUAAAGUUUUCAGCUUGAUUUGGCGUCAUUUCAGAAGUCCUGCAAAAUCCGCGAGAAUAACGGACUCGGACGAGAACCUGAAAAAAUCUGCCGUUGUUUAAUAUUUUUC